GAAGAAGAAAAAAAAGGAAUUAAAGGAGCAGACCCAGCCCGCCAAUUUCAAAGAACGUAAACAGUGUUCCUUGAGCUUCGUCAUGAUUUAAACAAAAUGUAAAACAUCUCGUAUCGAUUACGACUUUCUUCCAUGAUGAACUCUAACGGAAAAGGAAAUGGGGACUCGACCAUUCUUGCAGCCAGUGGUGACAGUGACUCCAUUAAAGUUUUCGUCCGGGUUCGACCGCUGACCCAGGGCACAGGGCUGACCACAGAUGGAGAACAGAAUCUGUGUCUGUCGGUCACCUCGUCCAACACCAUCCGUCUGCACUCAAAACCAGAACCCCGGACCUUCACUUAUGAUCAUGUUGCUGAUAUGGACACAUCUCAGGAUUCUGUAUUCAGCAGUGUCGCCAAGAACAUUGUGGAGUCCUGUAUGAAUGGAUAUAAUGGUACAAUAUUUGCUUAUGGACAAACGGGCUCAGGAAAAACAUUUACUAUGCUUGGACCAUCUGAGAUGGAUAACUUCACAGACGACCUGAGGGGAGUCAUUCCACGAAGUUUCGAGUACUUGUUUUUUCUAAUCAACAGGGAAGUGGAGAGGUCUGACAAGUCCAAGAGUUUCCUUUGCAAGUGUUCAUUCAUUGAGAUAUACAAUGAACAAAUCUAUGACCUCCUGGACACGGCUUCCGCCAGCCUUUUUCUUCGGGAAAACAUUAAGAAAGGCGUGUUUGUUGAAGGAGCUGUGGAGAAGUUUGUGAACUCAGCAGCCGAGGCCUACAAGGUGCUGUCUAUGGGCUGGCGUAAUCGGCGCGUGGCCUCCACCUCCAUGAACCGCGAGUCUUCAAGAUCUCACGCUGUGUUCACCAUGACGCUGGAGUCCAAGGAGUUUGUCAACGAUCUGGUGAACAUCCGAAUGUCUCAGCUGAACCUGGUUGAUCUGGCAGGAUCUGAGCGACAGAAAGACACMCACACAGAGGGAUCAAGACUCAAGGAAGCCAGCAGUAUCAAUCGCUCCCUCAUGUGUCUGGGUCAGGUGAUCAUGGCACUGGUGGAUUUAUCUAACGGGAAGCACCGCCACGUUUGCUACAGAGAUUCCAAACUCACCUUCUUGCUCAGGGACUCACUUGGAGGAAAUGCAAAGACUUACAUCAUAGCUAAUGUGCAUCCUGGUUCAAAGUGUUUUGGAGAAACAUUGUCCACCUUGCAUUUUGCCCAAAGAGCAAAGUUAAUCAAGAAUAAGGCUGUGAUCAACGAGGACACGCAGGGAAAUGUGAAGCAGCUGCAGGCUGAGGUGAGGAAGCUGAAGGAGCAGCUUGCUCAGGCGUUGGUCUCUCAGCGAGUGGACUUUGAUAGAGACGCUGCACCAGGAGGACCUGAGCCCCCCAUAGGUCCAGCCACUGAGCAUCCGGAUGAUGUUUCAUUUAAAGCAAAGUUUAUGAGGGCUGUUCGUCUGUGGAAGAAGCAAGAGGGGGAGAAGACGCUGCUGCUGAAGAAGGUGGCUCAGCUCGAGGAGGCCUGGACACAGAAAGACAAGUUCAUCCACUCCAGCAGAAUGAUCAUCCGGUUUCGAGAAGAGCACAUCUCUCGUCUUGAGAAAAAACUGAAGGCGGGACAARGCGCUGUGUCAGAUACAGAGUCUCAGGCUUUAAUUGACCAGCUGAAAAAAGAGAUAAAGAUACUGAGUGAUCAGGUUGAUCACCAUCCAAAGAUGACUCGAUAUGCAGCAGAGAAUUACAGCCUCAGAGAAGAGAACCGUCUUCUACGUUCCCUUGAAUCUGUGAUGAAAGCUGAAGAAAUCUCCGCCCAAGUUUCUGCUGAGUUGGAAGAGGUUUUUCAGAGGGCAUUGGAGUCAGAAAAACUCACAGGAAAUUCCACAGUGUCUUCGGCCUCAGGAACAGAUGCUGGAUCUGCAGCCACAAUCGAAAAACUGAACACCAAACUGCUUCAGAAGCAGUCAGACCUCACAGCUGCCCUCCAGGCUUUUGAGGAGUACAAAGACAUCACCAAGAAACAGCUCUCCCAGUUGGAGUCGGACAAAAGGUACCUCGAGAAGUCCAACGCACAUUUGGAAAACAUUUUGGAAGCUACGCAUGCUCAUAAAAAACAAGAAGUCUCUGAACUAAACAGGAUUCACGUUGAAACUAUAAAGAUUCUCAGUACGCCCACCAAAGCGUACAACCUGCGGUCCCGCCUCGUGCCCCAUUCCAGUCCAGAACACCUGAGUGAGAAUUACACCAACGGAGACGAUAUCUGGUCUGAGCCGCCUCCGUCUGACAUGGCCGAGAUGGCUCUGACAGAGGAGCUGCGCCAAGUCCAGGAUCAAGUGAGUCGCGUCCAGACACAGUUAAAUGAGGAGGAGCUGAAGAACAGCAAGUUGCUGCAGCAAAUUGCAAAACUUGAGGAGCAGAUUACUGUGAUGUCCCAAGAAUCUGACCACAAGGAUGAGCAACUUUCAACUGAGAGAGCCAAUAGAAGCAAAGACCAGCUCAGCUUUCAGGAAUCUGUGAACAGUCUGCAGGAGACUCUCCAGUCUGAGCAGCAAGCUGCAGAAGUUUUGAGAAUUGAGAUCCGAGAUCUCCGCUUGCUGCUGCAGUUUUCCGACAAAGAGCUGGCCUCUGUGAAAGCUGAGCUAAGAGAUGGUCAGAGCGAACACCAUCGAGAAACAAGUCAGCUCUCCAACACUCUGAUCAGCACACAGCUGCAACUCGACAAAGUCCAGCUGGAGUGGGAGCAACUCCUGGAACAAAACCGAACUCUGCAGGAUUCCUUUGACCAGCUUCAGGCAGAGGCCAAGUUUGAGGCAGAUCAGGCAGGACAGCAGCUGUGUGACAAGCAGCAGGAGGUUGAUCGGCUGAAAGCAGAGGUCACGGACUUAAAAAAUGCUUUGCAAGUUGAACAAGAGCGCACAAACAGCCUGAUCUUCCAGUUAAGAGAAAACCAAGAGAGCACAUCAAAAGAGCUGAUAGAAACCAUAGAUCAGAACUCACAACUUAGAAAGCAAGUCUCUGACUUGACAACACAAAAUCAACAGCAGUYGACCCAAAUUGCUGAUCUUGAGGAGAAGUUAACCGCUACCAUCCAAAACCUUACAAGCUUGGAGCAGGAGAAUAAACAGGACAAAGAUGUUCUUCUGGACCUCAUGAGUCAAACCAAAGACCUUCGUGGUGAGCUGAGCCAGAAAGACGAGACCAUCAUUUACAUGGAUGGAGAAAUCAAAGACCUCACAGCCAAAUAUAAUGCUGCCUGCCACGAGAGGGAAAACAUCACAGAGCAAAACCAUAAGAUGCAGGCAGAAAUCUGUGACCUUAAAGAAACUGCAGACAGAAAGGUGGCUUCUAACAAGAUAGAGGUUGAGGUGUUGCAGGAAGAGAUUGCUUAUGCGACUGAUGAAGUCGAGCGGCUCACCAAGGUCUUAGAUGAGCAAAACUGCCUUCUGCAAGCAUCUCGAGAGCAGUCGGCCCAAAAAGACGGCCUCAUAAAGAACCUGGAGCAGAAGGUGCAACAUCAGCAAGAAGCUGUUGAGAAAACUGUCAGGAAUGGAGGGUUCAAGGCUGCUGAUGCGACUGUCACACCUAAAUCAUUAAAUCGGACACCUGGUGGUCUAGGCAGCUUUAACAGGGACCUUAAUGAGAUGUUGGAGAGCCAGGAGCUGGAGCUGGAGAACAGACGCUCCUCUAUGAUGACCAUGGAGAUUCUUCUAGCAGAGCUGAAUGCAGAGAGGGCUGCCAAGAACGAGGAAAUCCAGAGGCUUAAGAUGGAGCUGACUGAGAAAGAGGUGGUCCGGAUGGAGAUCCAGGGUUUGCUUGACACAUUUUACACCAAACAGAAUCUGCUACAACAGAAUGACGAUAAUACUAGUGAGGAGUUCAGUGAAGCAAUAAAUCAGACCUUGCUGAAAGAGCUGCAGGAGGAGAGAGCUGAAAAGAGCAAAGCAAUACAGAAGCUGUGUGAUACUCAGAAAAGACUGCAGGAGCAGGAAACUACGUUAGCCAAGUCCCAGACCUGCGUUCAAGAGCUGACCACUGAGCUGAGGAACCGCUGUCUGGAGCUGAGAGAGCUGAACCAAAGGAUUUAUGAUGAGGAGAAACUACUUCAGGAGAAUGAGGUGCUACGCAAACAGAAUAUAAAGCUUUCAGAGGAGAAUGGAAAACUUGUCGGACACAAGAACCACAAGCAGAGGAUUGAAUAUCUGGUUAAACUGAAAAAGGACAACACUAGACUUCAAGAGGAAAACGAGAAGCUCCGAGCAGAGUUUAGUUUAAUGCGAGACAGCAGUGUAUGCCAGCCGCUGGAGGAGAUGUAAAACCUUUUGGUUAGUGAAAUGUUGAGACCGCCAUCUAUCAAUGUACAGCUCUUUUUACAUUGGUUAUGAAACAAUAUUCUAGUCUCUCGUCAUUGUACCUCAAAAUUUUACUCAUCAGUUGUUCAUGUCAGUAGCAAUAGUUAUUGUUUGUUUGAUUUAGAUUGUGAGCCACACAUUCAGUCAUUUUCUGUCAGUAACAGACUCUGACAAUAUUUUUUAUGUAAAUUUCUAUGUCUAAUGUCUUUGUUCUCAGGUUGCAUAAWUUUGUUGUCAUGCUGUAAUUGAUGUUUGAUGCUGUAAGGCUUAAUUAUCUAAUCUGUGAACCUGAUAUAUUUUUAACCUAUCCUUUUCCAUCAUACUGCGCUGUACAGCCAAUGACUUUGAUGUGAUUGUUUUUUUUUUCCAUAACUGUAAUAAAGAUUUAGCGUCCAUAAGACAGUAGAAUUUUAAUGGAGAAAACUGCUUUUUUUGUUUGAAUAAUAAAAAUAAAAAAUUACCUCCAUUGA